AUGAGAUCAUUAAUUAGGCUUUUACAUAUCUCCACUUUAUUACAUGUCAUAGAAGCCGUACUUGUGGGUCAGGAUUUUUAUGCAAGAACCCUAGACUCCAGACUGAGCCUUCGAAAUAUCGAUUCUCGAAAUCUGCUUCUUCCUUUCAAUGUCACAAGGACCCCUGGAAGCUCGGGAUCUUUCGAAGUCCGAAAGUUCAUGGAAAAUCAUUUCGAGAAUCUCAGUACACACUGGUCAUUCGAAUCAGAUUGUUUCACAGCUAAGGGCCUUGAAUUCUGCAAUUUAGUUUUCACUUUGGGACAAAAUGCCAGCAACUACUUGGUUUUGGCCGCUCAUUAUGACUCGAAGAUUAAGCCAGAGGGCUUCAUUGGAGCCAUAGAUAGCGCUAUAUCCUGCUCUGUUUUACUUUAUGUUUCUGAGUUUUUGAGCAACUUUCUUGAUUACUCUGUCGACCAAUGGUGGUCGGAUAAGAGAAAGCAGUCCCUCGAGGCGUUUGAUGGAGUAAAAAUAGUUUUUUUUGAUGGUGAAGAAGCGCUUGACACCUGGACUGAAGAUGAUUCGAUACACGGUGCUAAACAUCUUGCUGCUGGUUGGAGUUCUAGCGAAAACAUUAACAAUAUUGGGCUGCUCAUUUUGCUUGAUUUACUUGGAAGCAAGGAACAUCUCAGGGUACCUAGUUUCUACUUAAAGUCGAAUGAAGAAUACAAGGCUUUACUGUCCAUUGAAGCUCUAAAUCAGAAGGAAUUGCCGCAUAAAGAAACCCUAUUUGAUGACAGCAUUCUCGGAUACCUGGAAACGAAUCGUGUCAUAGUCGAAGAUGACCACAUUCCAUUUUUGAGUCGCGGCGUCCCUGUUUUGCAUUUGAUCCCCUUGCCAUUUCCUUCGUACUGGCACACAAUAGAAGAUACCUUUGAUAGAGUUGAUGAUACAAAAGUCCAGAAUUGGGCGAUUCUUCUUUGCGAAUAUGUGGCCUCUCGGGUUGCUCCGACAGUAUGGUAA